AUGACAGCCGUGACGGAGCAGGCCUCCCCGUGCACGAUGGUGAUCUUUGGCGCGUCGGGCGACCUCACCGCGCGCAAGCUGAUCCCGGGACUCUACGAGCUGUACCGCCGCGGACUGCUGCCGGAGCGGUUCGCGGUGCUCGGCGCCGGCCGUACCGGCAUGAGCGACGACCGGUUCCGCCGCCGGAUGGGGGAGGAGCUGGCGAACGGCGCCGGCGGUCAGCCGGCCGCGGACAGGGAGCGUUUUCUCGGCGCGUUGCACUACCAGCAGCUCGACACCGGGUCCGCGGGCGAGUACGGGAAGCUCGCCGAGCGGCUGCGCGCGGUAGCGGCCGAGGCCGGGACGGGGGGCAACUUCCUCUACUACCUGGCGACGCCGCCGAGCCUGUUCGAGCCGAUCGCCGGCGGGCUGGCCGGCGCCGGCCUCGCGGAACAGCAGGACGGCGCGUGGCGGCGCCUGAUCGUCGAGAAGCCGUUCGGCUAUGACCUGGAGUCGGCCCGGACGCUGAACGAGCGGCUGCACACCUGGUUCACGGAGCGGCAGAUCUACCGGAUCGACCACUACCUGGGGAAGGAGACGGUCCAGAACGUGCUGGUCCUGCGCUUCGCGAACGAGGUGUGGGAACCGCUCUGGAACCGCGCGACGAUCGACCGCGUGGAGAUCACUGCCGCCGAGCAGGUGGGAGUGGAGGGUCGCGGCGGCUACUACGACGGAUCGGGCGCGCUGCGCGACAUGUUCCAGAACCAUCUGCUGCAGGUGGUGGGCAUGAUCGCCAUGGAGCCGCCGGCGCACUUCCGGCCGAGCGCGGUGCGCAACGAGACGGUGAAGGUGUUCGACUCGCUGCGGCCGAUCGCCCCGUCGCAGGUGUCCGAGGACGUGGUCCCGCACCACCUGUUCGGCACGCCGCCGCCGUCGGUGACCGAUGGCGUACCGGAUCCGGCCGGGUACGGCCAACGGGCGGUCUCCGCGGCCGCCGCGGAUGCCAGCAAGCUGAUCAUCCGCAUCCAGCCCGACGAGGCGAUCCAGCUCUGCUGCAACGUGAAGCUGCCGGGCGCCGGCUUCGACGUGCGGCAGGUAGGGCUGGACUUCCGCUACGCCGACCUGGCCGACACCUACCUGCCGGACGCCUACGAGCGGCUGCUGCUGGACGGCAUCAUGGGCGACGCCACGCUGUACGCGCGCGCCGAUGCGAUCGAGUCGUGUUGGGAGUUCGUGACCCCGAUCCUGAAGGCGUGGCGGGAUCACCCCGGCAUCCCCCUGCACGGCUACCCGGCCGGCAGUUGGGGACCGGCCGCCGCCUCCAGCCUGUUCCGCCGCCCCGGCUACGGCUGGCGCACCCCGAUGCCCUCCCUCAGCGAUCCCGGCGGCACCGUCGCGCUGUAG